AACCGAUCAUACAGCAAUAAAAAGUGAGUUUGGACAAUUAUUUUGACCGUCGGUGUAACCGGUGUAACAAGCGAUUACUUUCGGCAUCGUAUUACAAAUACCACGAAUACUAUUGUCAAUAGAUGACAUACAGUACUGUGGAAGCGUAGUGUCAAUAAUGGCUGCCGUACAUCGGGAAGAUAUCCAAAAGCAAAUUCAACAAGAUUGGGCAAAUCGAGAAUAUAUUGAAGUCAUAACCGGUAGCAUAAAAAAGAUAACCGAUUUCCUUAAUUCCUUUGAUAUGUCCUGCAGAUCAAGAAUAGCUGUUCUUAAUGAAAAGCUUACUACUCUUGAAAGAAGAAUCGAAUAUCUUGAAGCAUGUGUCACAAAAGGAGAAACGUUAACUUAAUUUAUAUGCCAAUAAUACAACUAUUUUUAGGACUUAAGGUUUUGUAUUUAAAACAUUACGAUAAAUAAAUAUACAUUAA